GCGAGAGCAAUACCCUUGUAGACGAGUUUCUUUGUUUUAAGCAACAGUGGGUGGAUGGUCAGAAAGCUAGGAAUUUUACCAUACCACCCAGGAAGAAGCGACAAUCUUGACGGUGGUUUAUCGUGUUGGUGCUUACCAGAUACCAGUAACUUCUCCUUUGUAGGACAUCCUGGCCCGCACGUUGCGUUGCGCCGCGGGUUUUACGAAGUUGCGAGACCGCUUUUCAUACAUUAUUAAUCGGUUACUAGCAACAUGUUACAUUGGAGUUGGUUGUAACGUAAACUGGUUAUCACUGAGGCCCCCCGAACACCCGAAAUCAAACGCCAGCUUCCGUAGCCUAUCGCCAGAGGGGGAAUAAUUGCAUUUACCACCAGCAUGCCAGACAAUACCGGUCGUGACGCCCGGAUGAAGAAGGAGGAAAUCCCGAUCGGCGAGGAUGACAAAAAGCGGAUCGUCGAUGUGGUGGCACAGCUGAUGAAGGACGCGAAUCUGAAUGCGGAAAAUGCGAGCGCGAUCGGGUUCGUAAUGCCGGCCACCGACGGUGAGCCGGAAAAGUUUGUCCACCUGUCCGACCUGGAACGUUCGCUGGAGGAUAUGGCGCUGGUGCACGAAAUUGCUAUCAACGAUAAGUUUCAGCUGAAACCGCCGAAGCCCGAUAUGCCCGUGUACACGGUGCAGCAAACGGUCCGGGACGCGUACUGGGAUCUGUUGCGGGCGGAGCUUACCCAAACGCCGCCCGUCUACACGAUGGUCAUACAGCUGCUGCUGGACAUUAAGCAAACGUUCAUCUCGCUGCUGCGGGGCAACAAUGACAAUGCGCUCAGCGCGAUCAUGGUGGUGCUGAACGAGAACAGUGUGCGCCAGCUGGCGGACGAGCAUGGUAGUGCGGUGCUGGAGCACAAUGCACAGUUCAUCAUGAAAAUCAUGGGUAUGGCGUGCUGUCCGGCACGGGACGCGGAGAUCGCGGCCCUCAAGCGUGAAACCGAACCGAUCAAGCAGCUGCGCGGCAUAAUGGAGGUGCUGGACCGGAUGAAGCUGGACAUGGCGAACUUUGUGCUGGCCACGACCCGUGCCCAGUUCGUGCAGUACUCCGUCGAGUACGAGCGUAAAAAGUUUGCCGAGCUGCAGGCAGUCUGUGGCAAUAACUUCCCGGCCACCAUGGAGUGGCUCAAGCGCUACAACCCUGCAACGAAGGCGGACAAGCCGGGCGAGGGGGAGGAAGCUGCUGGUGGUGGUGGUGCGCCGGCCCGUACGGUUCGGCUGCGUGAUGUGCAGCUGCCGGACUAUUACAUUGAUGCGUACCAAGAAUUUUUGCAGCCCGAAUCGAACCACCCCUUCCCGGAGCUGCUCAAGCUGGACCAGGAGCGUAUGGUGGAGCUGCGGGAGACGGCGUUGCGGCUGAGUACCUGCGCCACCGUGAUGCAGCUAACGUGUGCCGCCGUACCGUCGCUCGCCAACCAUUCGAAGCGCCGCAGCGAUCUGGCCGCCAAGCUGACCAUCCUGAGCGCGGAUUACCCGGGCAAGGUGGUGCUGAAGGAACUGCUCGAAAGCCUCUGGAUGCAGGUGCUGGUUAGCAUUGCCGGGGACGGUGCCAACCAAUCGACGGCCGGUGGGGAUGAUGCCACCGUUACGGAGGACACGAAGCUUGCGCUCAAGACACAGAUCCUUAGCAUCGAACCGAACAUGUCCGUGUACGACAUUGUCUGGCGCAAGCUGAUGCUGUACAUGAAGUCGUUCGUGAUGGCGGAACGGGAGGAAAGCGCCUCCUAUCCGGUCAUCUUCCGCGACUACUGUGAGGCAACGGUUGAGCUGGUGCGCCAGUUCAAGCGGAUCGUAACACACAACCUGGAGGUGUACGGCAACUUUUACAUGCAAUCGAUGCAGGAUUGUUAACUGUAUUUGCCGGCCGACCAAACGCUUUUCACGUGUAUUAUUAUGAUUAUUAUUACUAUUCUGCCUAAACAUUUUGCUUUAUCAUAACACGCUGGUGAGUGAUGCGAGGAAUGCGCUCCGGCCUUACUACGACGGGGCCAUGCUUCCCACGUUCGCCUAUUUAGUUUACGUACCUUCGUAGCAUUGGAUUUCAAAUAAAUCAUUACUACUGUUGCGGUGUACUAGUCGCACUGCCGUGUGUUGCUAACCCACCCCACUCCCCCUAUACCCAUUCCUCCCUUUUCCCUUGUAAUUAGGACUAACGGAUGCACACAACCCACACAUACCUCGCCGGUACGCGUGCUGUACGGUGGUGUGCAUGCGUCGUAUGCAGAAGAAUCUGUUGUUGUGAUCAAACUUUAUCAGUAAAAUAAAACGAUACGUUUAUUGUAAAAAAAAAA